GCCUGUUACUAUUGUUGGCCGUCACGUCUGUGAAUGGUUAUCAGGAAGCGACUGACACGUGUCCCUCCGCUCAUAUUUUGCGCUGAGGCACCUAAUUAACCAAGUUGGUAAUCUGCCUAAUUUUCACUGCUACGUGGUGCAAAUUUGCUGAGAUGAACCCGGUGAAUGCAACCACUCUCUACCUGUCAGCGUGUCGCUCCACGUUUAAGUGCGAUCCACAGGAUCCAGAGACAUACUCAGAAUUGUUCACCGUCCUACCGUUCUUCAGAGAUUCACUAUCCUGCCGUGUAUGUGAUCAUUUGCUUCAAAAUCCAGUAUCCCCAGCUAAUUCGAGUUGCCUGCACUACGUGUGCAAGGAUUGCAGAGGUAAAAGGAUGUUAUUGAAGCGAGCGUGCAGCUGGUGUAAGGACUUUGAACGGUUUGAAGAGAACAAACAGCUUUCAAUUUUGGUGGAAUGUUACAGAAAACUAUGCGAGUAUAUUUCAGCGUCGCUCUCAGUGGAACAGGCUGCGUCUACAGUCAGAGGUUACCCCGAAGUCAUGAGAAUGUUGCAAGAGGUACUGGAUUUAAAAGAGAAACCAGAGGGACUCUGUAAUGCAGACACAUCAAAUGUGACGCAGAAUCAAGCUCUAUCCACUUCAGAGAGCCACAGUGUCUCUUGGCUUAAAACUGUGACAGAUCCUCCUCAGUGUUCCUCAAACAAGAGCUCAAAUGACAUAGAUAUUUUAUCUGUUGACAAAGUAACGGUGUGUGCACCGUCGUCUUUGGACACAGUGGUUGAUUUGGAACCGCCCCGGUCAGAGAUGGCUCCUGUCCAUGAACCGCUGACCGUGGAAGAGUUCUAUAGUGACACUGUGGCAAUAAAAGUUUUAAAUGACAACAGCAAAACAGAGAAAGAAAACGGUUCAAAAGCAGUUUGUGCUCAGGAAGUUCUUGAGACCCCUGACACACUGCAGCACAAGUCUGAAGCUUCAGGCAGACAGGACAGAACAUUAGCUGUGCCCAGUCAGCAGUUUUCACAUCCCCAGAACUCUGAAUCUCUCCCGUCAAAUCACCCUCAGCAACCGUCAACCGGGAUCACCGCGGCAACGCACAGGAAAGUACGGCUGAGCCGAAAACGCUCUCGUUCAGAGAGCGACAGCGAGACAGUGCAGCCUCUGCCUCUCACGUGCUUCAUUCAGGGACCACCUGUGGCUGCCACGGCCCCCCCUAAAGUAGCAUGUGAACCGAACCCCCCCGCUCAGCCCGCUGCAGCGGUUCCUAAUGGGGGGGUACUCAAGGUCAACAAGGCUCUGCUGGAUUCCUGCAAGAACAUCCAGAAAAGCGUCGACACUCACAGCAGUAAGAAGGGUCACGCAAAGAGUAAACCCAGCGUCGCCAAACCCAAGGUCAAAACAAAGAGCCGGGUUAUCGCAGGGGGAGAGACCCCGGGACAACCCCCCAAAACCGUGUACAAAAAGUCUCAAGAGAAGAAGGGCUGCAAGUGCGGCCGAGCGACCCAGAAUCCAAGUGUUCUUACGUGCAGGGGCCAACGGUGUCCGUGCUACUCCAACCGUAAAGCCUGUCUGGACUGUAUCUGCAGAGGCUGCCAGAACUCGUACAUGGCCAACGGGGAAAAGAAACUGGAAGCCUUCGCCGUUCCAGAGAAAGCCCUGGAACAGACACGCCUGACGCUGGGCAUCAACGUGACCAGUAUAUCGGUCCGAAACGCAGGCGCGAACGCAGGGGUUCUCAGUCUUACCACCGGAUCUCCCAUGGCAUCAUUUCUUGACACCAGCCCACACGAGGACCAAAACUUUGAAGACUCCUUAGAAAUGCAGUUUGAUUGUUGAGUGUGUUUCUUUUCUUUUGUGUGUGUUUUUUUUUUUUUUUUUUCUCCUGCUGAUGUUGCUCUUGGAACGGUUAUAACUAAAAGGCAGCUACAGUUCUGUUCCUAUGUAGUUGGUUUGCCAAAGCUUGUGCCCUUACAUUUGUUGUACCGUUUGUGUUUUCUUACACACACUGCUGUAUUUUUAAGUUACUGUAAUAUUGAGUAUUAACAUCUUUUACAACUUUUAUUUAGAGGGCACCAGUAUAUGGUUCAUAUAUGUGUGUAUAUGGUUUUGGGAACAUUAACAAAUCAGUGCUCGUUCCUUUGGCAAUACAUUACUUGACAUAUUGGCACCUGUAAAGGCCAAAGGAGAAUUUUUUUUUGUUUUAACUUCUGUCUCUCACAAAUCUGUUUAACAAACAUCUGUUUUUACAUCCUUUAACAGUUAAUGCCAACCAACAACACUUUCUUUUUUUCAUAGUUAAAAAAAAAAAAAAAUCAGGUUUUUUCUUAUCAACACGACCUAGGUUGGAUUAGAAAAGUUGCAGAGAGUAAUAGCACUUAGAAUGAUGGGCUUUGCGAAAUCUUUUCCCCUGUCCCUGUUUUGAGUCAUAGUUUGUAGUGUUGUGAAACAACACAGGCUGUGAGGGAAAUGUGAAGGCCUUUGAAUAAACUGCCUGUGUGUCUGCAUGAGGAGAGACUGACGUAUGGAAGACUAUCCGUAAAGUCUACUGAGACUCCCAUAGUUAGCCCCGAAAAUGGCUAAAGCAGAUGGAAGCAGCAACAAGAUGUUGUAAAUUAAUUUUCAAUGUAGCAGCAAUGACUAAACGUUUUUUUUAACGGAAUAAAAUAAAGAAAAUAACAUCAUUACAUAAGCUAAUGGAUCCUCAUUGAUCUCUGCUGGUUUUCACUUUGGAGCCUGUUUAAUUUGGCGUGUGUCAUGCCAGUCUGAGGUCCACGUGUACAAGAACAAAUGAAUGUAAAGCAUUGACAGAUAGAGGCCACAGCACACCCAGGUUGACUUUACUUGUGAAUUGGUCCCAACAGUGUUUUUUCUUUGUUUCUUUUUUCCCUAGUAGUAGUUGUAGUAAAUUGGUAAAGCAUCAGCUGUGUCAUGAUUUGUCAGUUUAUUAUACCUGCUACAUCUAAAUUCUGGUGCGUACUUUAUAUACAUGUUUUUGUUUUGUUUUUUUUUUUU